UCUCAGGUAGCCAAUCAGAAAAAAAUCCUCUACCGGUCGCUAGGCAGGUGUGCGCGUCAACAGCCAAUCAGAUUUCAUGAUCGGGAAACGGGCGCAGGGAGCCGAGACAGACCGGGUGACAGCGUCUAAGUCCCGGGAAGAACAUCACGGAGCUUCCGUGGAAAGAUCCCUGCAAUACGGUCAAGAUGCCGAACAAAGUGAAGAAGGAGAAGGAAACAACCAAAUCUGCCAAAAGCAGCAUGAAGAACAGUAACAGCAGCAGUGGGAAGGAAGCUGCAGCCGAGAAUUCGGACGAGUCCCAGCAGCAGCAAAGUGGCAGUAAGCGUCCCAGUAACAGCACGCCUCCACCCACUCAGCUCAAUAAGAUCAAAUACUCUGGGGGGCCUCAGCUGGUGAAGAAGGAGCGCCGUCAGAGCUCGUCACGCUUCAGCCUCACCAAGAACCGAGAGCUGCAGAAACUGCCUGCCCUCAAAGACGCCCCCCUGAUGGAGCGUGAGGAGCUGUUUGUUCAGAAGCUGCGUCAGUGCUGCGUCCUAUUCGACUUUGUCAGCGAUCCGCUCAGCGACCUCAAAUACAAAGAGGUGAAGAGAGCCGGACUCAACGAGAUGGUCGAGUACAUCACACACAACAGUGACGUGGUGACCGAGUCCAUCUACCCCGAGGCCGUGCUCAUGUUUUCAGUGAACUUGUUCCGGACUCUUCCUCCGUCCUCUAACCCAACCGGAGCUGAGUUUGAUCCCGAGGAGGAUGAACCCACGCUGGAGGCUGCCUGGCCUCACCUGCAGCUGGUCUAUGAGUUCUUCCUUCGCUUCUUGGAGUCUCCAGACUUCCAGCCAAACAUCGCCAAAAAAUACAUCGACCAAAAGUUUGUAAUGUCGCUGCUGGAGCUGUUUGACAGCGAGGAUCCCAGAGAGAGAGACUUCCUAAAGACCAUCCUUCACCGGAUCUACGGCAAGUUCCUGGGCCUCCGCGCCUACAUUCGCCGCCAGAUCAACAACAUCUUCUACAGAUUUAUCUACGAGACAGAACAUCACAACGGAAUCGCUGAGCUGCUGGAGAUACUGGGGAGUAUCAUCAAUGGCUUUGCUCUUCCCCUGAAAGAAGAACACAAGAUGUUUCUGAUCCGAGUUCUUCUGCCGCUUCAUAAAGUCAAGUCUCUGAGCGUCUACCACCCACAGCUGGCGUACUGUGUGGUUCAGUUCUUGGAGAAAGACAGCAGCCUGACAGAGCCGGUGAUCAUGGGUCUGCUGAAGUUCUGGCCAAAGACUCACAGCCCAAAGGAGGUGAUGUUCCUGAACGAGCUCGAGGAGAUCCUGGACGUCAUCGAACCAUCAGAGUUUGUGAAAGUCCAGGAGCCGCUCUUCAGACAGCUCGCCAAAUGUGUGUCCAGCCCGCAUUUCCAGGUGGCAGAGAGAGCGCUCUAUUACUGGAAUAACGAGUACAUCAUGAGUCUGAUCAGUGACAACGCCGCCAAGAUCCUACCCAUCAUGUUUCCCGCCCUCUACAAGAACUCUAAGAGCCACUGGAACAAGACGAUCCACGGUCUGAUCUACAACGCUCUGAAGCUCUUUAUGGAGAUGAACCAGAAGCUGUUCGAUGACUGCACGCAGCAGUACAAGGCGGAGAAACAAAAAGAGAAAUACAAGCUGAAGGAGAGAGAGGAGGUCUGGCACAAGAUAGAAGAGCUGGCCAGACAGAACCCACAGAGCAAUAAGCUCCACCCCCUCCGCCCUGGACUCCACGCACAGGAAGAGUACAUGUUGUACUCUGACAGUACUACUGUGGCCGUGUACUCGAUGGAAACAGAGACUCCAACGGCUGAAGACAUCCAGCUGCUAAAGAAGACCGUGGAGAGUGAGGCCUCGCAGGGCCUCAAGGAUCUGAAGAAGGACAAAGUCCUGAUGAGGAGAAAGUCGGAGCUGCCACAGGACGUGUACACCAUCAAAGCUUUGGAGGCUCACAAGAGAGCCGAGGAGUACCUGACAGCCAAUCAGGAGGCUCUCUGACCAGGGGAGGAGCACCCUUCUGAGCCUGACUCCGCCCCCCACUUGUCUGUCUCUCUGGGGAGGAGGUUUCAACCUGUCGUGGAGAAACUGGUCUGGGGUCAGACCAGGACAGAGCUGACGCUGUGUUCAACAACAAAACAGAAAACAAACGUCUGACCCCUGGUGGUCAAUAACAAGUAGGACACUGUGCUGUUUCAAAGUAUGUCAGCAGUCAUGUGAUGAUGACAUCAUCAGCCUCAUGUUGCACUAACACCUCCAGAACCCCUCAUCUUCAAACACCUGCUGCUGUUUGUCCCUGAACACAUCGCCGACAGGCCUUUUGCAUUACGGGAACUUAACGACCUGUAAGUGAAUGUGUUUGUGUUGUCACUGUUCCCGCCUCGCUAUGGUGACCACUGGAGAUAUUUAAAUCUUCUGUUUGAGCUUCUGUCCAAACUAAAACUCAGAAUUAAAAUUAGAUUUAUUGGGGAAAGCUUAAACAAGUGAGCGGUGCAGCUGUUCAGUGAGGGUCAACUGCGUCACGGUCAAGUUCAGUUGGAACAUUUAGUCGUCGCUGACUUCCGCUGCGAGCCAUCAUUUCAGAUGUUCACGUGUGAACAUACAGCGGACGACGUGUUCGUUAAACGGCUCGGUUGUCAGAAACAGAAAAAUGUCUGUUGAAACGAGCUGCAUUGAAACACGGUGAUGAAGCUCCGAGUCACAGACUGGAACUCGAGGAGACUCGGUGCACACGUAGUCCGACGGUGGACCUGAAGCCGAGUCGUCAUACGCAAACAAAGCAAGUCAAUAUUAGCUCAACGUUUGUCGCCUUUUAAUUGACGGAUGUCUGAAAUGUGCAGAACUGGCAACCUUUGAGUUCUUCAGGUUCAGGUCGUUAACUUCCUGUAGUGGAAAAGAGCUCAACAGGUCACGUCAGUCCUGUGACACCUGAACGCAGCACAGAUGACUUUAUUGAUCUGUUCAGUCCUCCAGAACCCCACCCCCUCCACCUGACUGGACCAGUCACCUUUCAGCAAGGAUCUGCGGUGAAUUUGAGAAACAGCUUCAGAUGGAGUGAUGAUGAUGUUGACGAUGGUGAGGAGGAGGUAGAGACGCAUGAAUGUAGACGUCCAAUCAGCAUCCAGUAGAACCAUAAGAAAAGCUUGAUUUCCAACAGUUUAUUUCCUACUUGGUAUGUUUUAUUUGUUUGUUUGUCCAUCAUGCAGUUUAAACCAGUGAGAGAAGUCGUUUGCACGAGGAAA